AUGGAAGACUCCGGGAACCUCAACAGCUUGGCCGUGGAGCUGUCCGAUCUGGAAGUGGCUCUUUUUGUCUGUCUUGCGGUCGGCGAGCACUGUCGGAUUGACACCACCGACGCGAACAUUCAUGACGUUGCUAAAGAGCUAUCCUUGAUCUGCUCGAGCACAUUUGGGCUCUCUAAUUCAAUCCUUGACUUCUCGACAGCCGUAUCAUUCGAUGAUUUCUGCCGUGAGAUCAUCCCGUCGGGUGCGCGCUGGCCCAGAAGAGCCACCGAACAGAUCGUCAAUGUGGUGAUAGCUAAGAAUUUCAACCGUGCCGACGAGAACAUCCAGCUCCAUGCGUUGGAGUUAAUGCGCACAAAGAGACUCAAAACACAAGAAACGGUUCUCGAAGGGCCGGAAAACUUCCUCUUCCUGCCUUUGACUGUGCGAAAAGCCGCAGACGACAGCCCAAAACUGAACCCUCAUCUGAAUGACCAUCUCAUCCUCUCCCACUUUCACGACACCCACGACGACUAUGUCUACCUGGAAGACAGCAACGACUGGCUUUCCGAUCAGGGGUCCGCGUCUUCCGUCGUCCGGAACCCGAAGAAGGGUCGUCCCUUCAUUGACCGAACGCUCCUGGACAAGCUACACCAAGCCAGCGAGUCCGUCACUGCAGGCGCAGACGUCCUCCGGUACCAGCAGGACAUUGUAGUGUUUCUCCGGCUCAGUCGGGCUGUGGCGGGUGGAAUCUCCACGCGAUCUAACGUACAGUUCAAGCAACUCUCGAAGUAA